AUGCCACCUCCCCCACCCCGCCCUUCCCCUCUUCCCAAUUGGCUUCCUUUUAAACCACGUCUCUCUUUCUCUCUCUCCAAAACCAGUUCAAGUCUAAAGGGGUUUAACAUGAUGAUGGAUACUUACUCUGGGUUUGCGAAAGAAGACGAACAGCAGAUGGACUUACCUCCUGGAUUCCGAUUUCAUCCGACAGAUGAAGAGCUGAUCACGCAUUAUUUGAUCAAGAAAGUCGUUGAUAAUAGCUUCUCUGCUAAAGCAAUAGGGGAGGUUGAUAUGAACAGAAUUGAGCCAUGGCAGUUACCUGGGUUGGCGAAAAUGGGCGAAAAGGAGUGGUAUUUUUUCUGUGUAAGGGAUAAGAAGUAUCCCACCGGAUUGCGCACGAACAGAGCAACCGAUGCAGGUUACUGGAAAGCCACCGGAAAAGAUAAGGAGAUUUUCCGUGGGAAAUUGCUCGUCGGAAUGAAGAAAACUCUGGUUUUCUAUAAAGGGAGAGCUCCAAAAGGGGAAAAAACAAAUUGGGUAAUUCACGAAUUUAGAUUAGAGGGUAAAUCAUCUGUCCAACCCCUACCAAAAUCAGCCAAGAAUGAGUGGGUGAUAUGCCGCGUGUUUCACAAAGGUUCCGGCGAGAAGAAAGCAAAUAUUCCGGGGACCAUGACUGCAAAUUCCGGCGAAAGCGAACCGAAUCCGACUCAUUUCCCUCCACUGACAGACACUUCAUCACCAUACAGUGGUGGCAGGGUGAUUAAAUCUGAUUCCCUCGACGUGCCCUGCUUCUCCAGUCCGAUCAACAUGCAAACACCUCACAACAACUUUCUCAACAAUCCUAGCUACCCUUUUGAUCCAAAUUCCAACGCUAGUUAUGCUUUUCCGGCAGUCCAAUCCACUCCAACUCUGGAAUCCCAAUCCAAUUUCCAAUUCCAAUUCCAGUUCCCGACAGGCUACACAUUUCCAGGCCAAGAACAAUCAAUCUUGAAGGGAUUACUCGAAAACAAUGGGUUCAAACUGGAAAGAGAGAUAGGUACAGGUUCUCAAGAAACGGGAUUGAGCAGUGAGAUGAACACAGAGAUCUCUUCAGUUAUGUCUAAUCUUGAAAUGAGAAAAAGGGCAUUUGAAGAUCAAGAAGCUCCAUCUACUUCUGUUGCACCAAUCGACAUAGAUUGUUUCUGGAAUUACUGA